AUGACCCGGCGGAACACCACGCUCGCUUCCGAGCCUUCGCGGCUGAGAUUUGGGGCGUCCUUGCGCCUGCUUCCUACUCUCAAGCUUCUUAUCGGCGCCAUCGCCAGGGAGGUGGGCGGAGUACACGUCCGCGCCACCUCAUCAUUCCUCUCGGGGACCAAACACGUUUCCUUUUUAGAGGCACUUGUCGGCACAACAUGCUCAGUCAUGGAGGCAACCAGAGCUGAUGAAAAGAAAGACAAAAUGGAUGUUAGCAGUUUUGGAGACCUCCUCAAGAAGCCAUUGGAGACACGAGUUGCCCCACACAUCUUCCCUUCCUUCCACAAGCCCUUCGCUAUGGAUGUGCACCAUCAUGAAGGAUGCCACUCGUACCAUUACGAGCCCCACGCAGUCCAUGCUAUACAAAGGCCCGUAGGUUUGCCAGGCAGACCCCUCAUCUCCGACAUCUCCCUGAUACGCCUCUCUCCUACAUCCAUGGCGACUGGUGACUCCCCUUUCACCCCCUCACAUUUAUACGUCAACCCUCAUGUGGAGCACUAUCUGCACGGCGGCCCGACACUGUCAAUGAUCUCAGCAGCUAGAGGCCUCAGUCCCCCUGACUUUUCUCACGACCACUUUAAGGAUGGCAGCCUGUUUGGGCUACCACCACCUCCGCCAACUGGGGUGAGUCUGACCAGGGAGUAUUAUCAAUUGAUGGCGAGCCACCACAGCUCCUAUGGGGAGCUUCUCAAGCAGGGGACGAGCUUAGCGGCCGGGGCCCACUUGCCAGAAUACAUGGCUCCCUUUGAUGUGUCACGGCUGACUCCCAGGCUGAACAGGAAGAGGGCGCUAUCCAUCUCACCACUGUCCGACGCUAGUGUGGACUUCCAGGCGAUGAUCCGUAGCUCGCCCAGCUCACUGGUGGCUUACAUUAACAACUCCAGGUCUGGCUCGGUGGCAAGCAGCUCGUACGGACACCUGUCGGUCGGAGGGCUUAACCCGUCCUUGGCCUUCCCCCCUCCCAUCAGCUCUGUGGCCUACCAGCAUCUGUUGGCUUUGGGCCAUGCGCCACCACUCAUCCCGCCACCAGUCGCAUACCCUGGCUGCCAACCCGUAGUCGGGAUCCCCUCCCUGUGUUCCCCCGCCCGUACCACUGACCUGACAUACCAGAACCCUUGUGGCGAAUCACUCAUUAGCUGCACACUUGAACCUGUCAUCACCAAAAGGUCAAAGGUUAAACCUGAAUCCAAAAUGAGCAAAAUGAGCGGACCGCCACAGAACCAUCGAGGUGUCUCAUUGACGCCGAAGGAGGACGCGGACCGUGACGAUGGCAAAGAAGAACCGGAGGCCAUGUAUGAGUCCAACUGCCACUGGGAGGGCUGCAGCACUGAGUAUGAAACGCAAGACCAGUUGGUGCAUCACAUCAAUAAUGAUCACAUCCAUGGGGAGAAGAAAGAAUUUGUGUGCCGCUGGGAUGAAUGUUCUCGGGACCAGAAACCCUUUAAAGCUCAGUACAUGUUGGUGGUUCACAUGCGACGACACACAGGAGAGAAACCACACAAGUGCACGUUUGAGGGCUGCUCCAAGGCCUACUCCCGUCUGGAAAAUCUAAAAACACAUCUGCGAUCUCAUACUGGGGAGAAACCCUACGUGUGUGAGCAUGAGGGAUGCAACAAGGCCUUUUCCAACGCCUCGGACCGAGCCAAACACCAAAACCGCACACACUCCAAUGAGAAACCGUACGUGUGCAAGAUCCCGGGCUGCACCAAGCGUUACACCGACCCUAGCUCGCUGAGGAAGCAUGUGAAAACGGUCCACGGCCCAGAGGCUCACGUCACCAAAAGGCAGCGUGGCGACAUGCCGCCCAAGCUGCCUUCUCGUGACAACGGCGAGAACCAGACCCUGAACAGAGAGGAGAUUGAUAAGAAGAUGACAGACGGCAACUCCCCAACAAGUGUUGGGGACUACAAGCAUGUUAAACCGAUCAAGACGGAAAACUCUGUGAUGCAGCAGCCCAGACCUGGUGGUCAGUCAUUGUGUAACAGCGAACCGACACCACUUGGUGGGGCCACCGACGAUGACAGUGGAGUAGAAAUGGUGGCGCCGAGCAGAGGAAGCCUGGGGGACUUCGCGGCAAGUUUCCGAAUCCAGAAGAAGCUCAGCUCUCAUCCACAUCUGGAGUGUCUGAAGAAAAUCAAGAACGUGAGGGACUCCUAUCAACGCACCACCUCCAGCUGCCACCAGUACUAG